AUGUUUCGAAAUGCGACGCCUGAAACGGCGAUAGCUUUUACUGAAUUUAUCCUGGGAUUGUCCUGUUGUUGGCCGCUUCCAUCGACAGCUACCAAGUCUCAGAUACUUUGUUUCAAAAUUUUGAGAUCCGUGUUAUUUCUCAACUCACUUUUACUCUUUUGUCCCUUGCUAUAUGCAAUAUAUGUGAACCGUGAGGAUACAGCAAGGUUUUGUAAAUCAGUUUCUUUGACACUUGCUGUUGUACACGUACCUCUGCAUUCCACCUACUGCUUCAGUCAACACGAUCGAUAUCAGCGAUUAAUCGAAGAGAUGAAAUCUUGUUGCGAGAAAGGAAAUUCGUACGAAAGACAAAUCUUCCAACGAUACGUGGACAAGUACGCCAUAUACUACGCAGCAUCUGCAGUUUGGUUUUAUUGGAGCCCAUCUAUUAUUCUCAUCGGAACGUUCUUCAUAUCUGAUCCCUUUCCAACGAAUGCAGAAUAUCCGUUCCCAGUUGAUUUUGAACCCGUGAGGAGCAUUAUUUUCUUGCAACAAUCGCUCGUCGGUAUGCAAUGCGCGUCACUUCUGUGCACCAAUAUACUUUGCGCGUUACUGUUGCUCUUCGCUGCAGCGCGCUUCGAGAUUUUAAUGACCGAAAUACGUGCCGUUAACGGUGUUAAAUCAUUGAUAAAAUGCGUAAAAAAGUAUUACACUCUGAAAAGAUACGCAGAAGAAGUGGCGAACACAGCUCGAUAUACGACUCUGAUUACGCUAUGUAUCUGUGGCAUAGAAAGCGUAUUUGCUGGUAUCAUUUUUAUCGGACGACAACCAUUUACUGUGAAACUUCAAUUCGUUACCGUAUCUAUAACUGUGCUAUUGGCGGUAUUCAUGUGCGCGUGGCCAGCUGACAACUUAAUAGAUGUAAGUGAAAGUACCAUGAGAACGGUUUACCAAUCUAAAUGGUAUGAACAGCCUUUGAGGAUACAAAAAUUUAUAUUGUUCAUGAUGAUUCCACAAUCUCCGGUGAUCUUAAGAAUCAGGUGUAUCAUUCCAGCUUUCUCUCUCAGCUAUUAUUGCUCGUUCAUCACAAACGUGCUUUCUAUGUUUACGGCUCUACGAGUUGUCAUGUUUCAAGAUGAAGAUGGAAUACCUGACGAUAUUUAGCAGUCGUUUGAAUUUUGUAAAUUAUGUAAUGGUUUAAUUGUUAUGCAGUAAAUUGUUUCCCGUGAUUUGCUGAUUUUAUUGAUUAAAUUUCACUAGUUCAACUGUUAGGAAAGUUGCAUAAGGGGAAGAACGCGUUUCGAAUCCGUGGUGCACUGAACAUUAAGCUCUAAGUCUUACGGAAAAAAUUUGAAGCAAUGAACAAAAAUUGAGUAAGCUGUCUGAUUUAAAAAUCUAGUGAAAGAAAAUUUAUCUAACUGUAAGGUACCUACCGCUUGCUCGUAUAAUACCACAUAGGAAUUUUGUUCUUGAAGGGGUGCAUGUUAGAGCAGUGUAAGUUGAUGAUUGAGCUAAAUUUGAGAAAUAGAGUAGCAGAUGCAAUUUACUAUUACAAAUAGGAAACAUACGAGUCUGUUAUUUCACAGAAAUAAUGACAUGCAUUGAACAGUUGCUACUUUUGAGAAAUAGAAGUUUUGUGCUUCGACCACCUGUGUGGUAGCGCUGAAAUGGCACGUGAGUAAUUUAGCGGAUGUACUAUACCCUUUUAACUUGUUCACACCACUUUUCCGGUGCUUAAUAACUGAGAUUCUGUCAUAAACCUUGAAGUUUUCAAACGGUCGUGCGACGGUCAAUCUAAUGGUUUCCGUACUAUAAGCCGAACCCUUUCGAAUAUUCCUCAAGGUUGUAUGUUCCACUUCCUGGAUACUCGCACGUAACACUGGCCCUCGAUGACCCUUCCAACGGGCACAACGUGCAAUGGAAGGGAGGAUACAAGGUAUUAAGAAUACUGAAACAGCACAUUUUCGUCAGAAUUCUAAUCAUAUCUGAGAAAAGGCAAGUCAAAUUGCUAUCUCUCAUUAAAUCGCUUCACACAUCGCGAAACGUUUUAAAUAUCGUAACAGCAUUGCGAACUCUGCACAGCUAUAUAUACAUAUAUAAAAAUCACAAUCAAUCAAUAGUAAUUAAUCUAUUUCUUGCAACUACACAUGACAACAGCCACUGUUGCCACAUUACACUGUUGGUUAUACCCCUUAAUCAAAUGGGAAUCCCUUCGCUCGAUUCCACAUGGUUCUUCGAACCGUAUAUCGGUACCAAGGAGGAAGCAUCAGUCCGGAAGAAAUUGAAGAUCACAUCACUGAAGUCAGUAACAUCAGGAGUGUCAUCCUCGGAGGAAGAACUCUAUCGAACCUGUGUUUAGAAGAACUCAUCGUCUCCAAAGGAGUCGGUUACUCGGAAAAAGUGAUAUCCAACAACGACAGAAUCGAAUGAAGCAAAUGAAGUCAACCGUUCAAGAAAAUUGACAUCCGCUCUCAGGACAGGAGCCAUUGCUUAGAGUCAAUUGCGUCAGAAGCGUUAGGAGCGUCACAUCCACGCAACACUCCUUCAACGA